UAUUAAGAUAUCAGUAUCUCUCUCUCCCCUCUUCCCCACCCAACCUUCUCUCUAUCACACACACAAGUCAAUGGAUAAAAAACAACAGUGUAAGACGUCUCAAGAUCCUGAAGUGAGAAAAGGGCCUUGGACAAUGGAAGAAGACUUGAUCUUGAUGAACUAUAUUGCAAAUCAUGGGGAAGGUGUUUGGAACUCUUUGGCCAAAGCUGCUGGUCUCAAACGUAACGGAAAGAGUUGCCGGCUAAGGUGGCUAAAUUACCUCCGUCCUGAUGUUAGAAGAGGGAAUAUUACACCCGAGGAACAACUUUUGAUUAUGGAGCUCCACGCAAAGUGGGGAAACAGGUGGUCCAAAAUUGCCAAGCAUCUACCUGGAAGGACUGAUAAUGAGAUCAAGAACUAUUGGAGGACAAGGAUCCAGAAGCACAUCAAGCAAGCUGAGAACUUUCAGCAACAGAGUAGUAAUAAUUCUGAGAUAAAUGAUCACCAAGCUAGCACUAGCCAUGUUUCCACCAUGGCUGAGCCCAUGGAGAUGUAUUCUCCACCCUGUUAUCAAGGAAUGUUAGAGCCAUUUUCAACUCAGUUCCCUACAAUUAAUCCUGAUCAAUCCAGUUGUUGUACCAAUGACAACAACAACAUUAACUAUUGGAGCAUGGAGGAUAGCUGGUCAAUGCAAUUACUGAACGGUGAUUAAAUAUUAUCAAGAUAAAACCUAAGUUCUGAAGUUCCAUAAGGCUGGAAUGUCUCUGGAUUAAAACAUAUUAUUGGGUUUGUUUAUAUAAGUAGUUGGAUGUUUGGUUUUGCGUACCAUUAUUAGCUAUGUGCUGUAAUAUAUACGAGAUCUUAUAUUAAACUAUAUCUGCAUGCUUUAUAUAUAUUUUAAAUGAGGUGCUAUGUGCAUUGUAGAAGAUACAGUUAAGAACCACAUAGUUCAAAACACUUAAUAUAUUUCCAGUGGCAUGCUUGCUUACCUAUUA